AUGCGUUACAGCACUGUCUUUCAAAGAGAACGAUGCCAUAUUCAGAAAUCAGACAUCCUGGAACCUGAUGGUUCUUUGAGGAUAUGGUGGUAUGAUCUGUACGAACCUAAACAGCAAGGAUCCAUCUACGUUUUCGGAAAGGUGUGGCAUAAAACAAUGCAAAAGUACGUCAGCUGUUCGGUCGCCGUAAAGAACUUUAGACGCACAUUAUUCUUUCUUCCGCGAAGUCAACACGACGAUCAAUCAUCACAAAUACCGAUUACAAUGGCAGAUGUUGAAGAGGAAUUGGCAGAGGUGUUACCGCGCCAUGGUAUCUACGACUGGAAGUCCAAAACCGUACAAAGAAAAUAUGCUUUUGAACUCUCCGAUGUACCCUCGGAAGCGGAAUACCUGAAAGUCAACUAUUCCUUUGAUCAGCCAGUUCUUCCCGUCUGUCAUAGCGGAGCGACUUACAGUCAUGUUUUUGGAUCUCACACAAGCGUACUGGAGCAUUUUCUUAUCAAGCGGGACAUUAUGGGUCCUUGCUGGCUUGAAAUCAAGGAUCCGGCAUUUUCUGAUACACAGGAAACAUGGUGCAAAGUUGAGGUCCAUAUAUCCGCCCCUAAACUAUGCAAUCCGCUUAGGGAAGACAUACCACCACCACCGCCACUGGCCGUGCUGUCUCUCAGCUUACGAACUGUAAUGAACCAUCAAACGAACACAAACGAGAUAUUGGCUGUAGGCGGUUUAUUUUGUGAUCAAGUCCAAGCCGACAAACCGACCUCGAUGGAAACCAUAUCAAAAUCUCGAUUCACUGUUAUUCGUCCCCUGGGAAAUAAACCAUAUCCCAGUGAUAUCUAUGAAGCAGCGACAAAGGAAAGGCAGGACCGUUGUCAUCACCUUCAGGUGGAACGCACGGAAACAUCUUUAUUAAAUUGGCUUAUCGCAAAGAUACACGCCUAUGAUCCUGAUGUGAUCUUGGGGCAUAACUUGCAGGGUUUUGAUCUCGGCAUCUUGCUUCAACGUAUGAAAGUUACCGGGACAAUUCAUUGGCAUAAAUUGGGAAGACUGAAACGGAAAACAUGGCCGAAACUCCAGGAUGUAGGGAGUGCUUUGAGCGGAAACACAUAUCAGGAGCGCAAAGUGUUAUCUGGACGACUUGUAUGCGACAUCCUUGUAUUGGCAAAGGAUCUCAUUCGAAGCAAAUCGUAUCAUUUAACGGAAUUAGCUGCUCAACAGCUCGGUAUUCGUCGUGAAGAUUGGGCUCCAAGUACAUAUACCAAACUAUACCAGCGCAGUGACUCCAUUGUUGAGUUUGCAAGGCAUUGUUCAUUCGAUUCGGUGUUAUCUACAGCAUUGAUGUUCAAGCUGCAGAUUCUACCGUUGACCAAACAAUUGACCAAUCUCGCGGGAAAUACUUGGGCACACACGAUCAGCGGUGGUCGAGCUGAACGAAAUGAAUAUCUGUUACUCCACGAGUUUCAUAGGAUGAAAUAUAUAUGCCCAGAUAAAGUGGUUCAUGAUAAACCGGUUGUUCCCAGUAUGCCCUUUGAGGAAGAUGAACGUCAGGAAAAUGAAAACAUGGCUGUAACAGCAGUGGAAGAUACCAAAAAGAAAUGUCGAUUUACCGGUGGUCUAGUCCUGGAACCGAAAAUUGGAUUUUAUGACAAAUACGUCCUUCUGCUCGAUUUCAACAGUUUAUAUCCUUCGAUUAUCCAAGAAUACAAUAUCUGCUUUACAACGGUAGACCGCCCAAAGACGACAUCGGAUGACAUGAAAGACGAGGAUUUGGACGAUAUUCCAGUCACACCAGAUCCUUCUGUGCCUCAAGGCGUUCUGCCGCGCCUUGUCAAAAAUCUGGUAGAACAACGACAGCGAAUCAAGGCGCGAAUGAAGCAAGAUUCCAUCACAGAGGUUGAAAAAAGUCAACUGGAUAUACAGCAGCAGGCAUUGAAAUUGACAGCGAACAGUGUGUACGGUUGUUUGGGAUUUGCUGCGGCGCGAUUUUAUGCGCGACCUUUGGCGAUGAUGGUCACUUCCAAGGGACGUGAUAUAUUGCGAGACACUGUAACGCUAGCUACGAACCUCAACUUGGACGUCAUUUAUGGUGACACGGAUUCGAUUAUGAUUCACACCGGUUUCACGGAUAUUGCCAAGGUGAAAACCAUGGGGUUGGAUCUAGCACGCCGAGUCAACGAACGGUACAGACUAUUGGAAAUAGGGAUCGAUGGGUUUUUCAAGCAUCUAUUGCUGCUGAAAAAGAAGAAGUACGCGGGACUGCUGGUGGAAGAAAAACAACACAAUCACUUUGUAGAAUCCAUCGAAUCCAAAGGUCUUGACCUCGUUCGCCGAGAUUGGUGCGAUUUGGCUCAUGAUGUUUCCUUGCGUGUGCUGAACGUUAUAUUGUCAGAUAAACCUCGGGCCAAAGUGAUUGACGAGAUAUACUUGAUCGCGAAACAAGCUGGCAGGUUGCUCCACGAGGGCAACAUUUCCGUGGACAAAUUUGUGAUUUAUAAGCAACUCACGAAAAAUGUGGAAGAUUACAAGGAUAGUCAACAAUAUCCUCAUGUACAGGUAGCCAAGCGAAUGCGACAAGCUGGCCUUCGUGUCAAAGCAGGCGACACCAUACCCUAUGUUAUCUGUUGCGUCGAGGCGCAAAAUGAUGAUGAGGAUCAUAUACCUAUAGCUCAAAGGGCGUUUCAUCCCGACGAUGUGAAGCGGAACCUUGCUCAACUUGAUCGAGCAUGGUAUGCCAGCCAUCAAAUCCAUCCACCCUUGGCUCGUCUGUGCGCACCAAUAGAAAACCUGGACGCUGAGGUAUUGGCUACAUGUCUCGGCUUGAGUGUACGCAAUCCUCAACGUAAACGAAAGCCUGUACGCAAUGACAUGGCGGUGACAGCACCGGAAUCGUCGCGUAUCAUUCGUCGUCAUAAUUAUUCCGAUGGUCUCAUGAUUCGUUGCUUUUCAUGUCAAGCUUAUAAUGAGUUUGAAGGCAUUCUCCGAAGCAGAAAAGAUGGAUCGCUUGCCUGCGGUUUAGAAUGUCACAAGUGUCGACGAUUAAUGACUCAAGCAAGUGUUCAAACGCAAACCAUUCUUGCUAUUCGUGCCGCUAUUCGACGAUAUUAUAUGGGCUGGACCCGUUGUCAAAAUGCAUCCUGCCAUGAUCGGUUCCGUGAUGUCAGUGUCGCUUCCGGAAAGCUGUGCCUUCAUAAUCGGUGCCAAAGCAAAGUUGCGCGUGAAUACCCUGCACGUCAAUUAUACCAUCAGCUAUCUUACUAUUCGCAAUUGUUCGACAUUGACAAGCAGUUGAAGGAGGUUGAUCUAUCUACGCAUACAAACACUGAAGUACUGAUGAAGUUGUGCCAUGCGAAAUCAGAGAUGUUUCACGAUAUUAAAAGCACCGUUGAUCGGUAUAUGGCAAGGUCUAACUACCGGUACAUAAACUUAGCUCAGAUGUUGGAAGGCGAAGAAGAAACAUUGCGUGACGAGGAAAAUGAACAAUUGCCUGAUGCUGGAUAAAUCAACCGGUGAUCACUGUUUGUCGACCCAUUAUGUACCGUAACUGUGUAUUAUAUCCCCAGCUUUUAUAGUAAACCUCCUAUCAUACUCCGGUGCACUCUCCCCAAGAUAAUACCCUGUGUGUUUCCGGUGACGUUAUUUUAGUUUCCUAUAUACUUUCAUAUCGAGAGACAAAUCCCUUUUAUUAAAUAAAUCGGAUGCACGGGAUGACGCCGAGACAUAGACAUUUUGUACAAAG